GAUACGCACUUCGACUCAGUGACCACUCUCCCAGCCGACCUCGUGACCACCGGCAUGCAGGUCAACAAGUUCUCCGGCCACUACGUCGAGAUCAGCAGCGACCCGAAAUGGUUCAAUUGGGAUGCCUUCGACGCGGCUGUCGACAACUAUCACGGCAGUGACUUCGUUUCCAUCGACAUCGACGAGGACCGAAGAGCACUCCCAGGGAUCCUUGACUGGAUCGUCGAUGCGCUGCACAACCAACUCGACAUCCAGGUGGACGAGAGCGAGCUGCGCGCCAAUGUCUACAGCACCUUCACGAACCUGCAGUGGGCGCACUCGAGCGGCUUUGCCGAUUUUUCCGAGUCCAGCUCCGGCACCAACUCGUCGUGGGAGUAUAGGACCGUGUAUGCCUACAGGCAGCCGGGCGACGCGGACAAGUUUUUCAGUAUGGUUACUACGAUCCAGCUGGAAGCGGAUGUCGAGUCGGAGUCAUGGUGGUGGGGUCUUGUUGGCAGCACUACAGCCACGUUCGAGGCUACCAUCACCGCAGAGAAGUUUGGAGUUACUAAGGGGUUCAAGGAUCCGGCGUAG